AUGGACAGACUUGAAGACACGUGGAGACCUAAAAGGGGACAGACGACGCUCGACAUCCGGGGAGACAUUCUGCUAACCUUUUUCUCCUCUCUCCAACAACUCUCCAUCUUCACAUGGCGUCUCCUUGCAGCCCUGAAGGCCGACAGCGAGGGCGAGGUGAACCGGGCGGACGGUUCGAGAUCGGCAGGAUCGGCGUCCGUCAUCCGGACGGAAUCGGAGCGUGAGCGCAAGCGGGAACGGCUGGAGGAGGAAGCUGAUGAUGAGGAUUUAGCAGCCCUCUGCGCUCCUCCCACUUUGUCCAUCACAGAGGAGAUCCUGGAGUUGAUCAACCAGGGCCGAGCAAAGGAGGGAAAGGUUUCCGUGGAGCAGGUCCUGGAUCAGCCCCCCGAGUCGCAGCAGCCACCUUAUGAAGGCAACUUCACCUGCCCACUGCCCCCAGUUGCCUCCAGCCCAGAGGACAGGCUCACGCUGGACCCCCAGCAGGAGGAAGUGGAAACUCGCCAGGACAUAGCCACUGAAGAGCAGACUGUUGGCUGUCAAAACGGACUUGAAAGUGCUAACGUGGUCCCUGAGAGGGUGGAAAACCGACUGUAUGCAGAGGAAGAGCCACAGGGGGAAGAGUUGGAACAAGAAGUGGAUAUUAGGAAAACACGGGAAGAAGGCGAGCAAGAGAAGACUCUCACCACGGCGACCCCACACUCUCCCCCAACAGAACUUCCUCCUUCCAUCACAAUCCUGGAGGACAGUGUGGGGAGUAGUCACUUACUUCUGGAGAAGGCCACCAAUUCCUCCCUAAAUCCAAAUGACUGUCAUCAAGCCAGCCCAAGCGGUAAGCCAAAAAGAGGCUCUGCUCUGACGAGACGUGACCAGAGGAUCAUUGAAAAGAUCAGAAGUUAUUACGAGGCUGCAGCUGAGCUGGAAGAGGACCACGAGGCCGAACAUGCCAGACAGGAAGAAGACGAGACAUCCAGAAGGAGGAACAGUUUCUCUCAAAUCCCCACGGGACUUGUUAAAGAUUCUGUGUCACGUUUCACAAGUGACAAUCAAGAGGAGGCCAAGAAUGAACCAAUUGAAACAGAGGCUGAUCAUGAGGUAGAGAUGGCUUCCCCAGCUGGUCCGGCCUCUCUCGUACUGCCAGAAGACUCUCAUGAUCAUGAUAGACAUGCUGACACAGCCGAUAAGCCUCCUCGAUUUGGAGGACAAAGACAAAAGUCCCCCUGAUAAAUCACCAAUCUCCACCCGGAUGGAAGACGGUGAAAAUCCAAAUGAGGUCCUUCUGAGUCUGCCGUCAACUAGAAUUCA